AUGUACAUAAAAUUAGACGGUACUGUUUUACACACAAACCAGUUUUCAGUAACAAGACAUCAAAAAUCUGUGUCAAAUGUAAAUACAGAAUCUGGGAUGCCAGGUGCAUUUUUCAGUUAUGAGUUAUCACCUUUAAUGGUAAAAUAUACUGAAAAAGAAAGGUCUAUUGGUCAUUUUGCUACAAACAUCUGUGCAAUUGUUGGUGGAGUAUUCACUGUAGCUGGUAUUUUUGACACUCUAUUAUAUCAUUCACUAAAUGCCUUCCAAAACAAGGUUAUUUUAGGUAAAGCAGGC